AGAGCGGAGUAAGAAACGACGGGAAGGUUAGCACGAAAGUUUUCUGUUUGGCUACCCACACGAGGGAAGUGGAAGGAGGGCUUUGGUAAAUAACGCAAGUGGUAGCAAAGCGAGAAAUGUCGGUACGAAGGCGAAGAGUGGUGGCUUUGCGUUUUCUGCUCUAGUUACUGUUUCGUCUCUGGAAAACGUUAUUCAGUGUUUCUAAAACUCUGCCGUGGAACCACUUCUUUUUUUCGCAUCACGCAGGGUGCUGCUCCGGCUGACUACGCCUGUCGAAUGUCUCAUUCCGAUGGAUCUGGCUCUCCAGAGCAAGACGGCGAUGGAGGCCAUCCAGAACCUGCACAAGCUUCUCCUCGAGACCAAGCGCUCCUUUCUGGACGUUCGCUCCACGGAGUCCAUCAUGAGGGUACUCAAAGCCAAGAUGAGAACGGUCCGUCCCGUGGAAAAACUUGGCAAGCUAUGGGAUCAGGAGCCAAAAGAUCUGACCGAAAACGACCUCGAAGGCCUGAGCAAUUCGUUAGUUCUGAUGAGGAACCUGCUGCACGUGCCCGACAAGACCGAGUCGUCGCGCUUCGGCAUCACCGAGGACACCUUCGAGGACUGGCUGAGCGUCCACAACAAGCUCAUUUGGAACCUCUUCGUGCACGGUCUUGACGGUGUGCUGAUCCUCAUGCUGAACAGCGUCUACAAGGUGAACUGGGCCGUUAUCGUGGUCCAAAUCAUAGCGCUUCUGUACAAGGACCAGGACGUGGGAAACUUGCAGCACUUGAUCUCGACCUCGACAUCGAACUCGGAGAGCUCUGAGGACGACAUCGAGAGUAACACGUCGAAGCAUUCGGUGCACCACGCCAGCAGCAACGAAUCGAUUCAGCCGGGCCAGCAGUGUGGCGGGUCCAGCGCCGCCAAGAACAACCGGAUCGCCUGCUGCGGCGGCACCGGUGGCGCUGGCGUGGCCACCGGCGGUGGCCUGACCAACACCGCCGGCGGGUCGCAGUCCACAGCGGGAGAUUCUGGCUACUGCCACUCGGACUUCACCAGUUCCUCCAACAACAGCCGGUCGUUCUCACCCCGCGACAAAGGAGAACUGAGCCGGGACGUAUCGUCGUCCAGCGGCCGCGCCAGCGCUGACAACAUGACGUCGUCCUCCAACGGCCACUCAUCGUCGUCUGACGAUGAAAACCAGGUGAAGGAGCACAUCAAGGACCCGCACCACAAAGCGUCAGCCAAGCAUAGGGCCAUGCACUCUGCCGACAGUCCCUCUGGCAGCGACUCAUCGUACGAGGACGAGCUGCUGGCUCGCUCCAAACAGCGCAAUUUGGUCGCCAUGUCGCGAAAGAGCAAAAGCCAGCUGAGAGGCGGGAAGUGCACGUCAUCUGUUUGCCUAGAGGCCGCCGUGGCGUCGCUCGAGUCCCGUUGCGCGCUCCGCGAUCCCGUGUGGGACCGCAAGAAGACGCUGGUGCUUCUGGACGCGUCAGCACACGUCCCGUCCAACGCUGAUAUCAGCAACAUGCUUCAGAACUUCACAAUCAGCUUUCUGCACAGCGGAUAUGGACCUCUGGUGACUGAACUUAUGAGGGUGAACCACGAGCAGGGCUCGAGCUUGAUCGACCGCUGCCACUUUCUGUGGGUGGUGGGAUACUUCACGGGACUGGCCACCGCGCUGGGCCUGUCCCUGCACCACGUGCGGCCUGUGCUCUCGAUCGAGGUGGUCGGUCUGCUCGUCUUCGAGGCCAUCGCCGUCUGCCAAGAGCUGGACAUGCCGCAGCACCAGUCGGCCGAAGGAUCCAAGCUGCUCAAAAAGAGGUACCACCUUGUGGUUCGCGCUUUCCGCGAGUUCAUCGCCGCCAUCGGAACGUACAAUAGCCGCUUCAAGGGCGUCGGUGACGACAUGCGUCGGCUCUGCGUGUCUCUGGCCCGUCUGGAAGACCUUCGCAAUAUUCCGCUACUGCUGAUCCGCAAGUGGAACGCCAUGCCGAGCCAGAUACUUGUGGACCUUAUCAUCACCAACCAUCUGUUACUUCUAAUUCUGGAGUAUGCCCAAAAAACAGAGGGCGGCCUGGACAUCGACAUACUCGGACAUCUGUCGCAGUUUGCAACAGUCGAGGUGAUGGAAAGAUACGGUGUGGUGUUGAAAGAUUACCGAAAAAACAGCGUACUCGUCAACGACUGCGUCUUCACGAUGAUGCAUCACGUUGCUGGAGACCUAAAGCGUCCGGAAGCACUCUUCCAUCCGAGUAUUCUAUCUUCUUUCGUCAACAUCUUGAAUGAAGGAGCCGAAAUUCCUGAGCUGUACGAAGACCUGGUGGGCUACGUGAUGAAUCGGUACCUAAAGCUCGCCGGCCGUAACCCAGAGCUGUACUCGGAGAACAUACCUGGCAUGCAGCGCAGCGGUUCGGCAUCCAGCACCCAGCCGCUGGUAGUGCCGCCAUUCUACGACGACGACAGCAGCGACAGCAGCGACUGUAGCGACGAGGGCGACGACAACGCGCUCUACUGGUGCUUCCUCCAGUUCGAGUACGACAGCGACCCCGUCGGCCAGAUCGUCGAGCACCUGCGCCGGAACGACGUGCGUCGAACCCGCAGAGAGAUACUGGACCAGCUGAAGUACAAGCGUGUCAUCUCGAAUUCUCAAUGUGAAAAUUUGGAACAAAAAGAAAAACAGUUUCUAGAAAAUUCUUCUAAGCCUAAGGAACAACCGGAAUCUCAAAACAUCGAGAGCGAGGAGCGGUCAGAGAUCACAGACUUGGUACUAAAGCUCAAAGGAAAUGGAUUCGAACAGCAGCUCCAGUGGAUUCAGAAGAAGUUCUUAGAAGUAUGCUACGUCAAGUUAAAAAACCGACCCUUGGAUGAUGCCGAGCCCGUGGCACUGCACUACACGCUGCUGGGCCAGAGUGUACCCAUCGUCGCCUUCAGCGAGGUGCAGUCGAGCGCGCUCAAGAACACCGACUUCCGACAGCUGCUGCACAAGCUUGGCCUCGACUGGCCGGGACCUGCAAACUGCCCCUGCAUCCCUGCCUCGUGGGCCGCCCACAAGCUGUAUACCACGGCGCGCAAGCUAGGACCACUCGCAUGCCGGAAGCUGGCCAGGCUCUGUCAGGAAAGUGCGGACUCGAACAGCGCCUCGUUGGCGGCUCCUCCUCGUGCCCGAGCCGAUGCUGCCGCCACCUCGUAGGCGUAUCUUCCAACCGGUCUGCUGUUCCAA